AUGGGUCUCCUACAGACGUUUCUUCCGGAGCAAGACCGCUUCGCAGCUCUGCUACUAUAUGGGAUGAUCUUUGCAACCUGCUUUAACGGAUAUGAUGCGGGAAUUAUGACCGUUAUCCUAGCGGAUGAGCAGUUCAACGAAUACUACAACGUCGACGAUGUGAAGACUGGAGUGAUCGCCACGGUUCCCUGGGCUACAACAGGCGAGUUAUUGAGUUUGGCCCAACUGUUCGUCGGAGGCACUCUGGCGAAUUAUCUGGGUAGGCUUUGGGCGCUACUUGCCGAAUGCUCCCCUCGGACUCUACGAGGUAGCUUCGUCGGCACCGUCAACCAGUUUGGAUACCAGCUCGGUACUUUGAUUGCUUUCUGGACCGGAUAUGGCAUGUCCUUCCACAAGUCACCAUAUAACAUUGCGUGGCGGGUAUCGAACGUGAUACAGAUUCCGAUCGGCCUGACCUUUUUCGUACUGUCGUUUUGGUAUCCCGAAUCGCCCCGGUGGCUGUACGACAAAUACCCUGAUGUCCCCGAACGGAGCCUCUCGUCACUCUGUAAGCUUCGAUCCGGUUCCGCGACGUCUGAACAUGUCCAGCAGGAAUUCCACGAACUGGUGGCCUCCCACGAAUACCGUAAGAGGUUCAAGACUGGCUACCGUGCCAUUUUCUCGUCCAAAGGCAUGAGGAAACGGCUCGCAUACGGUCUUUUUGCUACAGCACUCCAACAAGCCGGCGGUAUAGCUGCUCUUACGAUGUACGCUGCUAUUAUAUAUAAAAGUCUCGGUUGGGAUCAGGGAUCUGAAGCUCUUGUCAUAAAUGGCGUCCAGGCGGUUAUUCAGCUCUUCAUUGUUCUAAUCAACACCUUCACCGUCGACCGGUACGGACGAAAGAAACUCUUGAUGGCCGGGUUCUCUAUCCAAGCUCUCGCACUUCUCGUCAUGUCAUGUCUCACAACCGCCUUUCCCAACAACGACAACAAGGCGGCGGCCGUCGCUGAAGUAGUGUGUCUCUUCAUCGUCGGGAUGACGUAUUGUUGGUCUAACGGACCCAUCGCCCCGGCUGUGGCUUCGGAGAUUUUCCCCCAAGAAGUCCGAGACAAGGCAUUUGGAGUGUCGCUGCUCGGUCAAACGGUGUGCCUGCUCGCUCUGACACAACCCUGGCCGAGAUUCAACAAUCAGGUUGGGGGCAAGAGCUACUGGCUGCUCUUCAGUUUGAAUGUUGCUGUCUUUUUCAUCCUCCCAGAGACCAAGGGCAUUUCCCUUGAGCGAAUGGAUAAGAUAUUUGGCGAGGUGGACGCUGUAGCGGCCGGAGAGGACGAGGAAAAGAGCGGCAAAAUUGAGGCACCGACGUUCUCACACAAUGAACAGGCACAUGGGGAUGUGGGAAAUCUGGAGACUAAGGAGUAA